GAGAGAGAGAGAGAGAGAGAGAGAGAGACAUCCUUCAGGCUUGCAGAGAUGACGUUACAAUCAAGGCAGAAAUUGGGACGGAUGAUACGCAAAGAAAAUAAGGAAUGAAGAAAAACAAGGUGGACAUUAAUAGCAUGAGUGUGUGCACACUUAUAAAUGAGCAGACAAAGACAGCUACAGAGAGUGAACAAGCACACGGAUCCAAAAUGAAGGCUUUUGUUAUAAGGGUACUAUCUCUCCUCAUUUUAACCUCCUUCUGCACCGUGCUGGUUUGGCAUUACUCUACUCACAGUGAAACAGCUGCCAGAUAUCGAUACAGCAUAGAAGAAAAUCUCUUAGACAGCAAUGAUGCACCUGCCAGCGAUUCACAAAAAGUGGAAGAAAAUCCUGCAAACAGCAAUGAUGCACCUGCCAGCGAUUCACAAAAAGUGGAAGAAAAUCCUGCAAACAGCAAUGAUGCACCUGCCAGGGAUUCACAAAAAGUGGAAGAAAAUCCUGCAAACAGCAAUGAUGCAGAUGCCAGCGAUUCACAAGUGGACGAAGCUGCUUUAAAGGCCAUGGAAAUUGAAAUGGUUGACCAACUGAUGGCAAAUUACACUUCCAAAUGGAAAAAGCAUGAGAAGAACUUUAAUACCUUCAGGACAUUUCUAAGUAACAGUUGUGAUGCCAUUUCCAAUGCAACAGUUACACAAGAAAACACACUUGCUGGGACAAUAUAUACUUAUGAUGGAGAUAAUAAAAGGAAAGUGAACAUAACAGAAGCUCUGUUCAGUAUAUUUCCUAAGGAGAGCCCUUUUAAAAAAGCACCAUAUGACACGUGUGCUGUCGUGGGCAAUGGAGGCAUCUUAACCAACAGCAGCUGUGGGAGACAAAUCGACUCUGCUACAUUUGUCAUCAGGUGCAAUCUUCCUCCAGUGACUGAUGGACAUGAGAAAGAUACAGGAAGGAAAACAAGCUUUGUUACAGGCAACCCCAGUAUCUUCAAGGAUAAGUACCAAUCACUAAAUGAUCGCCGACGGCCAUUUGUGGAGGAUAUGCAGUUAUAUCAGGGUGCUCUACUCUUGCUGCCGGCCUUCUCAUUUAAGCGGAACACAGCUGUGUCCCUGCGUGUCCUCUAUUCACUGGAAGACUUGACCAAGCAUGGCCCAUACCCUGUCUUCUCUAACCCAUAUUACCUGAACAAGCUGACAUUAUUUUGGCGUGACCAGGGAAUUCACGUUUUGCGCCUCAGCACUGGUAUCAUGAUGGCCAGCUUAGCACUGGAACUCUGCAAAACCGUCCACCUGUACGGCUUCUGGCCCUUUGGAGUACACCCAUACACCCACCAGCCAAUCAGCAACCACUAUUUUGAUGACCGACCAGUAAACACGAGACUGCAUAAGAUGUCAACUGAGUUUCAAGCCUUAUUGAAUCUUCAUAAUAAGGGCGUGAUCCAUCUACACCUAGAUAAGUGCGCAAAUUAGAGUAUAUUGAGUACCCUUCAUUAAACUGCUCUUCAAGUUUGUCACUCCUCUUUCAGGUUAACUAUGGCACUUUAUAAAAAUCCAUCCAUCCAUUAUCUGUGAACUGCUUAUCCUGUGCAGGCUCGCAGGCAAGCUGGAGCCUAUCCCAACUGACUAUGGGUGAGAGGUGGGGUACACCCUGGACAAGUCGCCAGAUCAUCGCAGGGCUGACACAUACACAUUCACACUCAUUCACACCUACGGUCAAUUUAGAGCCACCAAUUAGCCUAACCUGCAUGUCUUUGGGGGAAACCAGAGCAUCUGGAGGAAACUCACGCAGACACUGGGAGAACAUGCAAACUCCACACAGAAAGGCCCUCGUCAGCUGCUGGGCUCAAACCCAGGACCUUCUUGCUGUGAGGCGGCAGCGCUAACCACUAUACCACUGUGCCACCCCCGGAUAAAUUCAUUCAUUUCUUAAAAUCAAUUAAAUAAUUACAGUUGGAUGAUAGGAUAUAAUAACUUUGAUAUAAACACUACUAUUUAAUAACGAUCACAUUGUGGAACAAUGUAAAACCCCUUACAGUUGAAAAUUACAUGGCUGAGCAUUUCUAGUUAGUCAAAAGCAGCAGAGGUAAAGGUUAAGGUUCUUCAUAAAACUUCAUAAAAGGUUCUAGUUUGAAACUCUUUCCGAUAGAGAAACACUCUGUUCUAGGGGGCUUUUUAACAGAAAAAAAAACCCUUUGAAUUUCUCCAAACAGAUAACCAGAAAAUAUAUUUUUUCCACAUUGCCAGUUGGUGGAACGGUGGUGCAGUGGUUAGCACUGUCACCUCACAGUAAGAAGGUACCGGGUUUGAACGUCAUGGCCUUUCUGUGUGGAGUUUGCAUGUUCUCCUCAUGUCUGUGUGGGUUUCCUGUUUCCCCCUACUGUCCAAAGACAUGCAGUUAGGUUAACUGGCUACUCUAAAUUGCCUAUAGGCGUGAAUGGUUGAGAGGAGGAAACCGCUACAGCAAUUCUUCCCUAGAAACUUUAUCAAAUAGAUAGAUCUCAUCUCAUUAUCUCGAGCUGCUUUAUCCUGUUCUACAGGGUCGCACGCAAGCUGGAGCCUAUCCAAGCUGACUACGGGCGAAAGGCGGGGUACACCCUGGACAAGUCGCCAGGUCAUCACAGGGCUGACACAUAGACACAGACAACCAUUCACACUCACAUUCACACCUACGGUCAAUUUAGAGUCACCAGUUAACCUAACCUGCAUGUCUUUGGACUGUGGGGGAAACUGGAGCACCCGGACGAAACGCAUGUGGACACGGGGAGAACAUGCAAACUCCGCACAGAAAGGCCCUCGCCGGCCACAGGGCUCGAACCCGGACCUUCUUGCUGUGAGGCGACAACGCUAACCACUACACCACCGUGCCGCCCCCAAAUAGAUAGAUAGAUGGAUCGAUAGAUGGAUGGAUAGAUAACUCAUGGUGCUAGAAUUGAAGUCCAAGAU